UUCAAAGUAAAAUAAACACAAAAUAUAGAAUGAGAAGUAGAAAAGAAAUCGAAUUUAAUGGAUAAGCUAAAAUAUUUUAUGUCGAUACAAGACUUCAAUAGAAUGGAAAAUAACUCAUUACGCAGCAGACUUAACAUCAUUAAAGUCAAAUAUUUAAAUUGAUUGGCGUCAUCGCUUACAAGGCGUCAUACAGCUUGAGCAAGCAUUACGAAGCACUGAAAAUUUGGCACUUGUGCAACCAUGUCUGGACACACUGCUCCGAACGCUAUUGUCUUCGGAACGUAACCCCGAAGUAGCAGAGGAGAAGCGUCGUUUAGUAAUGAAUUUAAUAACACGACUGCCUCUAGACAAUCUGGAGGACCGCACAGCGCAGAUAAUGAGCGGGCUAUGUCGUCAAGGCGGCGCUGGCGCUAAUCGUGUAUGUAAAGCGCUAAUGCAGCGUCUACCGCCAGCGGCAAUACUACUUAAGCUGAUAUCGCAAGAUUUUAUGCAUGCAAAAAGCUCAAGAUUUCGAGAAAAUGCACUCCAAAUGGUUAUGUAUGCUUUGAUGACCUUUCCCAGCACUUGCUUUGACACGACAACUUGUAUUACCAACGCAGUAUAUGCUGCACUGAAUCGUAAGCGACGCGUACGUCAGGCUGCGUUAGAAGUGUUAGCAAUUUUGGGUCAAAUAACCGCGCCGCUUACAGUCUUAGAUAUUGUACAGAACAUUGGUGCAACACGUGACGAUGGUGAGGCGCUUGUGGAUGCGGUGCAGGCACGUCUGACACGCAAACAAUUGCCACUUGUAACGGCUGAUGGCUUAAUACAGUAUACCAUGCGUGUCCCAACACUCCAAACAAACAAUGAUGGAUUAGAAGAUAGUACACGACUGGAGCCUGAUAUUGAAUGGAUAUUAUCUGGUGUAGGUUCUGUUACGACAAUUUCUAUGAAGCGUCGUGCCAAUAGGAAAAGUCAAAAUCGCAAUAAGCCAAGUUAUCAGUGUUUGCCACAAAGCGAAACGAGUACAACUGCUAUCACCAGUGGCAGCGGCAGUAAUCUAUCGGAUGAUAAUCUAACACGUAGGAAUAAUGCACGCACCUUUGACGGAAGCAGAAAUUCAAAGGAUUUGUCAGCAUUUCAACAAAAUUCAGCGAAUGACGACAAUCAUUCGUACAACUUACAAGGUAUGUUGGGUAGCAGCGUUCCAAUGCAUUUUGGUUUGUCUACAAAAAAAGCCAAUGAUUACUCAAAUUAUAUUAAUCGGCGUAUGGUUGCCAAAUCUUGCUCGGACUCUUCCAUGGAUGGAAGAAGUUCUGAUAGCACAUAUACAAACAGCAGUGGGGGAAAUGCUGGCGGUGCUGUAGUUGCUGCAAAUGGUGUGAGUGGUAUAACAGGACGAUUUACACGUCAAACUGUAAAUUCGAGAUUUCCUGCCAUGGAUCGUAUGGACCUUAAUGCAACUUAUAUGCGUGUACAUAAACCGCCGACCUACUAUCCUGGUAUGGGUGCAUAUGCUCACCUACAACAACAACAGUACAAUAUGAAUUCUACUUAUCCGAAAAUAAAUUACACAAUGCCUUCACAACACCACAGAAGAAAAUCACACCAGCAACAAUUGCAGAUACAAAACAGCAACAAUAUUAAUACUAAUAAAAAUUAUCAAUCAAAUAACAAAAACAAUAACAACCACAGCACAGCUCAAGAAAAUUUUCAACGUAAUGAAAAUAUUCAUAAGGAGCAGAAUAACUUCAACAGCAACAACAACAAUAACACCAACAAAAAUAAUAAUAAUAAUCAUGGUAGCAACAACAACAACAAUAAUAAUAAUAAUAAUAAUGACGACGACGGAAACUUGGAUGGCACCUACACAAUUUGUACUGGCAUACAAGCCACAACCGCGACAGACACAACUGCGAAUUGCACCGAUGCAAAUGCAAAAGUCAGUCAACAGCAAAGUCAAAAUCAGACUACAAAUGUUGGCAACAGCAGCAACAAUCAUAACAACAACAAUAAUAAUAAUAAUAACAGUAGUCGACGUUUUGUUAAUGUGGAAAAGUUUAAAAUGCAAAGUAAAUCUCCUGAUCAGACCACAUGCGAAACCCUGUCACCAACUCAACAAGACGCUUCAAAACUUGCUGCUAAUGCUUCGGUAAAAACUGCUAAAAUUUCUCAGUUAACAUCAGAAGCAGAACUCAAUGAUGGUACAAUUGCAACAUCAAAGUCAGUCAACACCAGUUCACCUAUAUCCAUAAAAUCGACAACAUAUUCACAGAAGUCGACAGCUUCUGCAAAGUCUGCUCGCAGUUCGAAGCAUUCAUCCGCAAUUAAUUGGCGUGAUGUUAAUAAAAUUGAAGUAGAAAAAGUUGAUAAUGUGGAUUACAUUAUUUCAUCGCCGCGCACUCAUAUCCAUCGUGGUGAUGGUGAUAGCAAGCGUGUCGAGUACGACUCAUCAGUCAACUGGUGUCAUCAUCCUGAAAACUAUGAUGCUGCAGCACGCAAAAUUGCAUCAGGUGUGAUUAUAGGUGUUCCCGAUAAUAGCAUUAUAAGCAAUACAGAAAGUAUACAAACACUACCGAAUAUAUCGCCUGCAUUAUCACGUACGCAAUCUCAGAAGUCCCUGCCCAUUGAAGAACAUAUUGAAACCAGUGAUAGCUUUUUGGUUGUUGAAGAUAUUGACAACAACCCAACUGAAAGUGUUGUUACCAGCGUACAUAGCACACCAAAUAAGAAACAAUUAAGCGGUAGGAACUCUCCAAUGGGUUCGGUAAUUUUGGCUAAGAAUGAAAGACCAGUUUCUUCGGGUGUGCCAUCUACACCUGCUUCACAAACACGUUCUCGUUCUCCUACUAUUGCGGAAAUAAAAGCUUUAUCACGUCGUAGUUCUAUUUUUGGUUCAAUGGACAAUAUGUAUGAACGCCCACCUUCAAAGCAAGACUCUCUCGAUAAUACAACAGAAACAAGCUCACAAUCAAGCGGUACUGAUAAGCACAUUUUGUCGAAAAAAACUGUUUUAAAUGACCCAGUUAAGGCUAAAAAAGGUCUGGUGUUGGGCAAUAACCACAAACGUCGUGUUUCACCAACCAAAGCGGCCACUACAGGCGGCAUUUCGCUUCUACUAGCAAAGAGCAGCAGUCCAGACGGCAAAUCAUUUCCCAGCACUUUGAAGCCGUUCGAUAGACCACGUGAAGCUCUACUUAAAUCGUUCGACCAGUGCGAGGACUCAAACUGGGAGCAAAUAAUGGAGGGUCUGACCUCUAUGGUGCGUUUGGUGCGUUUUAAUCCAGAAGUUCUUGAUCCGCAAAUGCAUAUGAUCUGCAUAAAUUUUACACGUUGCGUACGUAAUUUACGUUCGCAAGUAGCGCGUGCUGGUUGCCAGGGAGCCGCCGAACUAUUCACCCUAAAAAGCAAAGCUUUGGAAUCGGAGGCUGAAGAUUUAGUGUGUGCUCUACUGUUGCGCACAGCAGAUACCAAUCGCUUUUUACGCAAAGAUGCAAUGACAGCUUUGGAUGCUAUGGGCAGUCACAUGUCACCAGUAAAGAUUUUAAACAUUCUUACUAAUAAAUCUUCUGUACAUCCAAAUGCCAUAGUUCGAGCAACAUCCUCACGGCUUUUAUGCAACCUUACUGAACGUUUAGGCAACGAUAAAAUUUACACUAUGCAACGUGAUGUUCGCGAAAAAAUAUUUCUCACCGGCGCCAAAUUUUUAUCAGAAGGUUCGCUAGAUGCACGCACUCAUGCCAAGCAACUUUUCCGUUUCCUGUCUACUCAUCCCAAUUACGGACGUUGUUUGAAUGACAUAAUACCGCAGCGCAUAUACCGCAGCAUUCAAAAGACCCUGAAUAAUUUGAAUUAAAACUAUUCUCUAUAACUCUUUGACAACGAUUAGGCAAAAUUAUGUUAUAAUCUAUAUCAUAUAUUUUGGAAUGUAUAUACAACUUUAAACUAUAUUUUUUUUUUUUUAUUUUAAACGAGACUCAGUUCAACAUCACCAAUAAGAGAAGAAGCACAUUUUUUAUGCGAUUUGAAUAAUAUCUGAGUUAAAAUAGAAUAAAA